AUGGCGAAGUGGGAGGUGAAGGAGGGAGACAUGGAGAGCGACGAGGAAGAGUUGGUUGGCGAUGGACCAGAGGAGGAAUUAGAGGAGCGAGAGGAGGAAAAGGAGGAAGGAGAGGGAGGGGACGAAGGGGAGGAAAGGAAGGAGGAGGAGGAAGGGGAGGAUAACGAGGAUGGGGAGGAAGGAGAGGAGGGGGAGGAUAACGGGGAGGGGGAGGAAGGAGAGGAGGGGGAGGAAAGCGAGGAGGGGGAUGCAGCGGCAGCGGGUGCGCGUGGGUUGGAUCGGCUACGAACGAAUGAAGGCGCCACUGAAGGGCGGAGUGAUUAUAGCGAGAGUGAUAGUGACGAGGGCGAUGCGGAACGAAGCGGAAGCGACGGAGACGGCGGCACGAUGGGCGCAGAGAAUGGGCUUCGGAGCGGGCGGAAGCGGCGGAAAGGGGAGGAGGAUGGGGGGGAAGAGCAGGGGGAGGGCGGGAAGAGAAAGCAGGCGAAAUUGCCGAAAGGGAAGAAGCGACACAAGACUGGCGUGUGUUACCUUUCGAGAAUACCCCCUCGCAUGAAACCCUUGAAGCUGCGUCACCUGCUGUCCCCGCACGCGGAAAUCCUUCGGAUAUACCUGGCACCUGAAGACCCAGCAGCGCGCCAGCGGCGGCGGGCAGCGGGGGGCAGUCGGAACAAAAACUUCACAGAAGGGUGGGUGGAGUUUGCACGCAAGAGGGACGCCAAGCGAGUGGCAGCGCUGCUCAACGGCCAGCCCAUGGGCGGCAAGAAUCGCUCGCACCACCGGUUUGACCUGUGGACCAUCAAGUAUCUCAAGCGCUUCAAGUGGGACAACCUCAGCGAGGAGAUGGCCUACCGGCGGGCGGUGAGGGAGCAGAAGCUGGAGGCGGAGAUGCGGGUGGCUGCCAAGGAGAGGGACGCGUAUGUGACGCGCGUGCAGCACAGCAAGGUGCUGCAGCGCCGCCAGGCCAAGGCUGCAAAGAAGGCCAAGCCAGCAGCAGGGGCGGAGGGAGGGGAGGGGGCAGCGCAGCAGCAGCAGGGAGGGCAGCAGCGGGUGCGGCACUACUUGCAGCGGGGGGCGAUAGACGAGGGGCAGCAGCAGGAGGACGGGCGACUCAUGUCCAGAGGCGUGCUGGGGAAGGUGCUUGGAUGA